AUGGGCGGUCGCCAGAUACGACCCGCCCGGGUCUUCCAGGCCGUGUCCCAAGAGCUCAAUCAGCCGAUGCUGUCGGGCCACCCCGUCGCCCAACCGCCCUGGUUCCAAGCGAUGAGCUCGAUCCCCCCCGCCGAAUCGCUCGUCCGCACCGUCACUCCGAGACACCGAAUGCCCAGCUCGAAAGCCAAGAAACCCAAGAAGCUCUACCGCCCCCAACGCAUCAGCUACCCCGAAGACGCUCUGCGCACCACCUUUUACAAGGACCACCCUUGGGAGCUGGCGCGGCCGCGAGUUAUCCUCGAGUCGGACGGCAAAGACUACCAGCACUGCGACUGGAGCAAGGGGUUGCGGCAGCCUGGCCUUGCGCUCACGGGCGAAUGCGUCAUCCAACGUCAGUUACAUCUCAUGGAAAACGAAAAGAUGAGCAAACGGAAAGCGUACGACGUGGCUCGCAAAGAAUUCUACAACCUUCGGCAGCAGGAGGAGGUUGAAAGGCGAGUGGCGCUGGAGGAAGCGAAAUAUGUUGGCGCGUACUUUGGCAAGACUCGACUGGAUGUUGGUAUGCAGCUCGAGGACCAAGAAUUUGAGCAUUGGAAAGUCUGGGCCGGCAAGGAAACAGCAAGUAGAGAGGCGAGGUCGAAUUCGGAAAUCAACACGUUUAAUGCCGAGGAUGAGGUGGAAGAGCUGCCAGUUGCCGCCGCCGCCGCCGCCGCCGCAGCGGUGUGA